AGAGAGAGAGAGAGAGAGAGAGAGAGAGAGAGAGAGAGAGAGAGAGAGAGAUCAGUAGUACCUGUCUUUAUUUACUACUACCACUACUACUACUGUUACUACUGCUGGUGCUGCUACUACAAAACAAGAUGGCGUCAGGAGUGGACAGCCUGAUGACCCAGAUAGGAACAGGAAAAUGGAGCAUCUUUCAUUUCUUCGCCUUGUCCUACAGUAAUAUUCUCAUCACACCUCACACCUUCGGCCGCCCCUUCCUGGCGCCCAAACUGGACUUCACCUGCAUAAGUAGUGACUACAAUGCUUCUACUACUACUGCUACUACUACUGCUACUACUGCCAUGACUGCUGCUACUACUAUUGCUGUUGACGCCUCCAACUUGACUGAAAUUGACCGGUGUUACGAGAGUGACGGAGAGACGCCUUGCAGUGAUUGGCUCUUCGACACCACCACCUACACCACUACCAUGACUGCCGAGUUUACGCUUGUGUGUGGGCGGGAGCACCUACGGGCGGCUUACCACGGCGUGUACCAACUGGGGGUCCUCAUUGGUACGCCCAGCAGCGGGUUCCUGGCUGACAAAUACGGACGGAAGCUGAUGAUAGCCCUGAGCAGCAGCGUGUACGUGGUCCUCGGGCUGGUGACGGCGUGGCUGCCCGGCAUGGUGUCCAUCUUGGUGCUUAGGUUCAUCAUGGGCCUGGCGCAUGGGGUGAUACUGCUGGUGACCUAUAUACUGGUGAUUGAGGUUGCAGAGCCGCGGCGGAGGACACUGCUCGGCCUGACAGUGUAUCUCAUCUGGUGCGGCAGCGUGAUGGCGUGGGGAGGCCUGGCGUACGGUUUGAGGGAAUGGCGGUGGCUGCAGACUGUGGCCUCUCUACCUGGCGUCCUCUUCCUGCCCUCUUUGCUGUUCAUAGACGAGUCCCCGCGGUGGCUGGCGGUGCGGGGGCGCUACCACGACGCCUACAAUGUGUUGAGGAAGGCUGCCAGGUGGAACGGCGCCACCAUCCCGAAGGAGACGGAUGUGGUGGCGCUACUGAAGGAGGAGACAUCCUCGGGCACCGGCGAAAGGGAGUCUGAGGGGCAACGGCUGAGGGAGAGACUGGCGGUGGCGUGGCAAGGGAUAGCAGUGCUGUUCAGAACACCACAUCUGCGCAGAAUCACAAUUUUGACCUCACUUGACUUCACGCUGGGGUCAAUGGUGUACUACGGGCUGUCCCUGAGUGGCGAUGACCUCAGCGAUAACCCCUUCGUGUACAUGGCGCUGGCUGGCCUGAUGGAGCUGCCCUCGUACACGCUCACCGUCCCUGUCCUGGAGAAACUCGGCAGGAGGAGUCCCUGUGUCGUCUGCUUCGCCUUCUGCGGGGUCACCUUGAUGCUCCUGGCGGCGAUUCCUGCUGAGUACACGAAGGCGGUAAUGGCGCUGGCACUUGUGGGAAAGAUGACAAAUUCAGCGGCUUUUAUGAUCGUUUAUUACUACGCCAAUGAACUGUUUCCUACUGUGGCGCGCUCCAGGGGCGUAGGCAUGUGUGGCGCCCUCUCUCGUGUUGGCAGCAUCUUGGCGCCCUACGUACUGGAUUUCGUGGGGUCGUCACGCCCCUGGGCCGCCUCCGUGGUGUUCGGCAGCGUCUCCAUCAUCGCCGCCAUCAGCACACGCCUUCUGCCGGAGACCAAGGGAUGCGCACUGCCAGACACGGUGAAGCACAGCGAGACACACCACCACCACCACCACCACCACCAGAAGUCAGGAACACGCCCUCACCAGCCGAACCACCAGGAGGAGUCAUUACCACUGUCAGGCUCCUAGUGGAUGACGCCCCUAACACCACCACCACCACCACCACCACCAACACCACCAACAACAACAACAACAACAACAACAAUAACACGAUAAUCCGAAGUCCUGGUGUGUUUUCCAUUUUUCCAGAGAUUUUCGUCCUUUUUUUUUUUUGUUCGGUUCGGUUAGGUCAAGUUCGGUUCGGUUCAGUUCGGUUCGGUUAGGUUAGGUUAGUUUAAGUUAGGUCUGUUUAAGUUCGGAUAGGUUUCUAAGCGAGUGUAUCCCUUCUACACCUCCGUCAGCGCCUUCAGGAGAAAAACACAGCCACACACAACACACACAGAGACACAUACACCAAAACACACCCACAGAAUCACACACCAACACCCCCCAAACGCAUUAAAAACACCUUCUUCUGCACCUCCUACAGUAGCUACACCACACACACACGCACACACACACACACGUCACCCUAACACCUUCGUCUAGCAGAAUUAGCACUAUUUACACCCCAGGCAAGGUCGCAUACACCCAAUUACGCCCUUUCACUACACCCUCCCUUCGUCAGGAGCGCCACGCCCCAGCAGGAAGACGCCCACGCCCUCAGAAGAUUGGGGGUGUUUGCGUGGGAAGAGGAAAUGACGGUGGUGGUGGUGGUGAUGGUGGUGGUGAUGGUGGUGAUGGUGGUGGUGGUGAUGGUGGUGGUGAUGGUGGUGAUGGUGGUGGUAUUUUUCUUUCUGUUGAUGUAUUCUCUCCUCUUAUUUCUUUUCCUUCUUUCUUUCUUUCUUUCUUUCUUUCUUAUUUGUUUUUUGUUUUGUUUUUGUUUUUGUUUUUUUCGUUAAUUCUUUUCUUCUCUUUCCUCUUUUUCUUACUUUUUUUCAGUGUUCUUGUUCUUCUUUUUGAUACUACUACUACUACUAUUACUACUACUACUACUACUACUACUACUACUACUACUACUAACACCACUGAUGAUAACUAUAAUAAACGAACAAAUAAACAAACAAAUAAA